CACUCCCUAAAAAAUCAUCAUCUAACUACAACUCGAGUAAAAGGCCUUUCCUCACCAUGCCAUUCUAACCGCAAUAGAAAAUACCCUGCCAGUGCGAUAUCGGCAGACUGCCGGUGUCAAAACCAUAUCUCGCCAACUCAGGGUCCAAGCUGAGGCAUCUUUCUCUUGUCACCCCCACAAUCACUCCUACAACACAAUCUUCUUCUAGCGUCCGAUUGAGAGCUCUGUUCGAUAUGACUUUUCUAUACCUAUGAUAUCACUCUACUGGUUAUAGUGUCGGGAGGUUUAUUUGUUGUUCUCGAAGCAUGUCAGUUGGCUCGACCCUUCUACGACGAGGAGUUUGCCUUCAUUUUUUGCGGUCGUGCGGUAAAUCACGGGGCACAUAUUUCUCCACACAGAGCCGCCCUCAAGAACCAGUGCCACGACAGCUGCGACCACUUAUACCACACCAAGCCUUGCGUCCAACACCACAACCACGACCACUAACAGCUCAUUGGGGUUUUAGUCAUUCGACUGGCGCCUUAAAGCCUGAUAAACACAAGCGUCCAUCAAGCCUAAAGCUUCACAAGCCAAAGCCUAGACCCAUCCUUCCCAAGGCCGCUAAAACUAAAAUCAAGAUGAAUAGCUUUGUGGAAUACAAAACCUUGAAAAGCUUUCCUUACAAAUUUCUCACCAAAGCUGAUCAACAUGUUGUCAGCCGUUUCUUUGAUUCUAAUCCCUUUCAUGCCUAUGGCUGGAGAAUAUACAUCUACGAAACUGCUGUCAGCGAAACUAUUUUGAUCCCUUGGGAUCAGAUAGAUCGGUUCUUUAAAGAGAUUGCAGCUGAAACCGGCAUACACCUCUUCCAGAAUUUCCCCGCCAAGAAGAUUUCUUACAAAUUAGACUCCAACGAAGAUGCUCCUGCCCUUAUGGGUGAUUUCAAGAGUAAGGAAGAAUUGGACGAACUUUUGCAACAAUUCGGUACCUCGUCGGGAAAGGGACCUAUCAAGAAGAAUAGCACGCCCAAGUCCAGACGAAAUGCCGCGAGGAGGCUUCAGGCAAUGGAGACUUGGAAGUCUCAGGUCAGUUCCGCAAGGAAUCAUCUCAAAUACGAUCAACAGGAUCUUGAAAACGGGGUCAAAAUAGCCUUUCCCGUAUUUGUGAGCAUUGACGUUGAGGCCUUCGAACACAAUCACAACAUAAUAACUGAGAUUGGCAUCUCCACUCUUGACACGGCGGAACUUCCUCCCACUCAAGAGAAUGCCAUGACCCGCGAAACAGUCUUGAAAGCUAUUCAGGAUAGCUUCGGUCUAUCCAAUGCUCCCCUCCGCAGGAGUGACGCUGUAAUCGAUCUUAUUAAGAGCUACCACUUCCGUGUUAGCGAGAACAGGAACAUGCGUAAUGGGCAGUUUGUCACGGACGCUGCGGAUUAUUUCAUGUUUGGGGAUUCUGAGUUUGUUUCGUUGACAGAACUGCCUAAGAGAAUCGGCGAGUGCUUUCGCCACUUUGAUAGCCAUGGUGAAAAAAGGGGGAUUGUACUUGUUGGGCACGAUGUUAAGACCGACGUUGAUUUUUUGAUGGCGGUUGGCUACAAUGUUGGUAACAUUUCUGGUUUGGAGGUAAUCGAUACCACUUGCAUGUGGAAGGCAGUUAUGGGUGAUUUCCAGAGCAAAGGCUUGGGGUCAAUGUUGCAUGAUCUCAGUAUUGAUUUCAGGCAUUUGCACAAUGCUGGAAACGAUGCAGCAUAUACUCUCCAAGCUCUUGUCAAAAUGGCAGAAAUCGGGCUUCCAAUCGAAGGGGGGAACGGCGACAACGUAAAACCCGCACCAAACCUCUACCGCCCAAUCUGGCAGAAAGCCGAGAAUAUUCAGAUUGGAUUCGCUGAUGAGGACGACAAUAGACCAGCAAAUAUCUUGCCGCCUAAGAAACCGAUAGCUAAAUAUGUCGCAGAAGCAGGUAGUAGCAGCGAGGGAAGUGGGUCUGAGCAUGAGCGGCGAUGGUUGGGAUUGACUGCAAGGCAGUUUCCUGAAACUUUGUUUUGUUGCGAUUUCCACCUAUUUUUCUUCUCUCUUUCCAAAUUCUCCCAUUAUCAUUUAAGCUGAAGUAGUUGCCUGUUUUUGUUUUACAACCGUCUCAUUCUAUCAUGUAUCUUUUUUUUCUUUCUUUUUUUUUUCCCUUCUUCCUUUCUUACUCCAACUCCACUCUCUUACCUUCCUCACCGAGUUGCACCUACAGGAAAGGGAUAGUAAUAAUAAAAAGCCAAAGUUGGUGCAAUAAACUUGGAGCCAACGGGCAAAAUUUGACUCUCUAUACUCCAC